UCCGUGAGCGAGUUGGGAUUUGAAAGUUGACGCUGCCAGAGACGCGAGUGGCGCUGCAAAACCUGAGAGUCCAGGUUAGGUUUUCACAGACUGGAGGAAGAUAAAUGAAGGCGGCUGUUUCCUAGGUGCCCACACGAGACCUCCUGAGACCCCUCCUCCUCCUUGGGGAUUCCUUCGGCGCGAUGGAUGCAGAGGGGUUUCUGCAGGAGGAGGACUUGGAGGGCUCAUGGUCCCUGAUGUCCCUGCUGGCGUCCUCCCUGAUGGUGUUUGGAGGGGCCGUGCCGUAUGUCCCACAGUUCAAGGAGAUCCAGAGAAGUAGCAACACUGAGGGCUUCUCCACCAGAGUCUGUCUGGUUCUGCUCGUAGCCAACAUCCUGCGCAUAUUCUUCUGGAUAGGGAAACAGUUUGAGGUGACCCUGCUGCUUCAGAGUGUGGUGAUGAUCCUCACCAUGUUCGCCAUGCUCCACCUCUGCUGCGCAGUCCAAAACGCCAACCAAGUGAGCACCAAGCAGCACCGGAUUACAGAUCUACGUUUUCAGUACUUUUGGAAGUGGAGCGUAUUUGAAGAUUACCUACUGUGUUGCUUCGGCUUCACUGUGCUAUGUGCUGUAAUCACCCUGCUGCUGAUGGACUCCGAGGUGUUUGUGGAGACACUGGGCUCUCUGGCUCUGAUGUUUGAGGCCAUGUUAGGCAUGCCACAGCUCCUGCAAAACUUCCACAACCGCUCCACGAGAGGAAUGAGUGUGAAGAUGGUGAUACUGUGGACGGCUGGCGACAUCUUCAAGACCACCUACUUUAUCAUAAACGAAAGUCCUGCUCAGUUCUGGGUUUGUGGCUCAGUCCAAAUCCUGAUUGAUGUGGCCAUCUUGCUUCAGGUGCUCUUUUACAACCAAGACACUCGGGUCAAGCUUGGUUGAAUACCGAUAAUAUAAUCAUACAAUCCAGGGUUUUUGUGUAAAUCUAUGUAAAUUGUUGGCUUUGAUUGUUAAUAUAUGGAGAAAGCCAAAGUGAAAUAGUUAUUAGCAUGCAGUAUUGUUGAAACGUCUCAUGUAGACCCCAGCAUGUUGCCUCCAAAUUACACUAAGCCAUACAUUCAAAAACUUUUUAGCAGAGUUAUAAUAGUUUUGAAUUUUUUAAUAGUUUUUAUUUUAAUUUAAUUUUUUAUUUUGUUUGAUUGUUUCAGUUUAGUUUUAGUGCAUCAUUUGUUUUAGUUUUGAAAGAUCAGUUAGUUUUGGUUUAGUUUUAGUAUUGGUUUUACUUUUUGAGGUAUUGACUUGCAGAUAUUGACAAAAACAUCUAGGAUAAAAGAAUCUUAUCAACAAUUGCCAAACAGUACAAACAAUCUUUUAUUCUUUAUUAUUAGUAUUGAGUAUUAGAAUUAUAAAAAUGAAGCCACAAACAUAAAAAAAAAGUCUUAUCUUUUUUUUUUAUAGUUAACAUUAUUUUUUCACUCUGUUUCAGUUUUAGUCUUAGUUUAACUAUAAUAUAUCCACUUAUUAGUGUCUUUAAUCAAGCCUAAAUAACAAAACACCCUCUUACGUAUAAAAAAAAAAGCAUUUACUUAUAUUUUUUGUUAUUUUAUUUAUUGUUUUUACUAUUUAUUUACCCUCUGUGGGUCAAUAUUGGAAUGCCUAAGAUGUAUUGGGCCUGGAAACUGUAGCAGCGAGCCCGGCACUGGAAACCCUACACUGGAAUCUUUUACCCAACUUAUAGGACUUUGACUUCACAGUCCUCACUUCCCUGGACUGCUCUUGUCAUACACAGCAUGUGCUCUCGUCUGGCUGCAUCCAUCUGUGUGUGUGUGUGUGUGUGUGUGUGUGUGUGUGUGUGUGUGUGUGUGUGUGUGUGUGUGUGUGUGUGUGUGUGUGUGUGUGUGUGUGUGUGUGUGUGUGUGUGUGUGUGUGUGUGUGUGUGUGUGUGUGUGUGUGUGUGUGUGUGUGUGUGUGUGUGUGUGUGUGUGUGUAUGCAGGUGUGUGCGUUUGUUCGUUUGCUGACUUUCUCACUGGCGUGCCUCUGUGGCUGAAAUUGAUUUUUGCUUUUGGCAGUCAGCGCUAAGCCAAGACUAUACAGUGUACAUCAAGGAAUAACUACAAAAACCAUCAAGUUGUGUGUUGACUCUGCCUUUCGGUUAAGAACUAAUGCAGGAGUAUUUUUUUUUUGUUGGCAAAAACAAAUAAUCAUAAUACUGUGCUUUAUUUUUAAGGCAAAGUAUCAUUGAAGCUGAAUGGACACAGUUGCAAAAGUAAUUUUGUUUUGGUGAUAAUAUGGGAGUUUUUUGCUGUGUGCAGUAGCACAAUUAUAGGUUUAUCCUGUUCUUAAAAAGAAAUAUAAUAAUUGAGUGUAUUGAAGAUCAUAGGUCAAUCUAUUAAUCAAACAUUAGCUAAAUAUUAGACAGCAAAUGAACAGUUAAAAUGAAAUGCAAAUUUUCUAUAGUGCCAAACUUAGAUGCAGCGAUGAAAGAUGUAUUCAGAUCUUUACCUCUAAAGAAGUGGUAAUGCCACCCACUGAAAAUACUUCAGUACAAAUAAAAGUCCUGCAUCAAGAGAGUAAAAUAUUGCCAUCAGUAAAAGCACUUCUAUUGAAGUAUUAACUGUCAUAUCAUCUUCUCAGAUUAAUAUUAAUUAUGCAUUUAUCUUUCUCAUCUUACAAAUCAAGCUGAAUUUAACUAAUGUAUAUACUUCUGACCAGUUUUUCAGCAUAAACUUAUCCUACGUCUGUGGUAUCACUGUAUGGGGGGUUGUCCUCUUUUUAUAACCUCAGAAUACGCACAUACAUUUAAUUAAACCAUUACACAUCUGAUUCUAACUAGUUACUUGUGUUAAACGGUGUAACUAGGUACGAUACUUGAAUCCAUAUAGUCUGUUACAUGAGACCAUAGACUGUAUACAGAGAAGCAGGGAAACCCUCUGCAGAGUACUUUUGAAGUACUUUUAUCAGGGCUAUAAACCACAGACAGGGAGAGGCUAAAAGUCAAUCCUCACGUCUUCCAUGGGAAUUAAGGAGGUCAGUGGCAACCAAGUGCUGCUAAUUCAAUGCAUCUGAUUAUAAAUGCAUGUGUUCUUUAAGGUCUGUGUCAACACAAUGCCAAGUAGGCUAGACACCAGCAAUGAUAUUAGAGAAGCAUUUUCUUUAGUAAGGGUUAUAAGUAACUUCCGAACAAUUUGAAAGCGUGUAUAUUUCCCAAUCUCCCCAGGAGUGGAUGUAACACUUGAGUUUAUCCCAGAGUCAGACCAUGCAGUCCACUGAAAACUACAAAAUACCUCAUCUACAAAACCCCUCUAUGGGCCUCAGUUAGCAUGUGAACUAUUAAUAGAAAAAAUGAUACAAAAUUGGUGAACAUGAGAAACUGAAGUCAUGUAGAAAUUGACUUUAAGUUAUUGCUGCUAAAGGCAGUUCUACAUUUUGGCUUAGUUUUUAUCAAAGAAGUAAUUACUUAUUCAAAAUACUUUAUUAUUCCCCAAAGGGAAAUCAAUUCAUAUGCAUAUGUCUUGUUGCUGAAAUAGUUUUUACAUUUUCAUUUUUAGGUCAAGUAAGGGCAGGAUUAAUUACUUUAAUCAUGCCUUUAUACACAAAAACUUCAAUUUGAAAGGGGAUAAACUGCCUGUUUAACAUGGUGGUAUCUGUUCUAUUCCUGUAUUAUGUGCUUUUAUUUGUAAAUGUGUGUUUUUGUUUUUUUUUUUUAAAUCAGAAGAGUCUCAGAACAGCACCCUCCCUGGCUUUAGUUUAACAUUUGUUUGCCCUGUCUCCGUUUCUUCUCGGGGAAACUAUCAAAGGUUAUUUCAGACAGCGUUGCUGUAUAAAUGUCACAAUAUGGUAAAUGUAAUUUGUUUUGUUGCAACAAUAGUGUUUAAAAUAAUGGUUUGUUUGUACUUUUCUUUUACUUCUGGCAGGUGCCAGUAAUACUUAUUACUCCAUUACAUAUUGGUAAAAAUUAUAAUUAAGGUAAUAACUAAAGAAGAAACAGAAGCCAAAGACUUAUUGUUUUAAUCUUCCUUUCUUUAUGUGUAAUGUGACUUGUCAAAUGUAUUUUCAAAUGUGAUCUUUGCCUUUUUUUUGCUUUUUUAAGUGUGCUGGAAAAAAACAAAGAAAGAAAAAGGUGUUAGUUACAUAUCACAUUGCAAUGUUAUGGCUACUAUAAGACACAAAUGUCAGUGAAAAGAAAGUACCUGUCUAAAUGUUAUGUUUGUCUGACAGCAGCUAUUUGUAUGCAAAUUAUUUAUCACUAUAUUUUUCUCAAAUAUAAACAAUUUAUAUUCCA